AUGCACGGAAGUGUGAGGGAAGGGGUGUGGUUCGACGGAAGAGGCCGCGCGAUAAAGGUGGCCGUGAAGCCGGCUCAGGAGAUCAUAAACAGGGCGGGGAUAGAGGUAAUGAGGGAGGAGCUGCAGCGGAUAUCUUUACUGCCGUACCAUCCAAACGUCGUGUGGGUGGUGGGUGCCCGGCUGGAGCAGGACCCAGUCAUUGUAGAGGAGCUGAUGGCCUCCAACCUGAAUGACGCUCUGUACGACGACGACCCGCGUCUGACGUACCUUCAGAUUCUGAAGAUCGCGCUGGACGUGGCGAGGGGCGUGGGCCACCUGCACAGGCACGGCAUGGCCCACUGCGGCAUCAAGCCCUCGAACAUUCUGCUGGACGGUGGCUUGAACGCAAAGUUGGCGGAUUUCGUGUGUUCUAAGGUGAAAGCUGCUGCCGCGGUUUCUGGCGCCCAUCGCCACACGCUGGAGUACAUGGCCCCGGAGUGCCUUGCAGCAGAUAUUCAGGAUGGUCAGGUGAGCGUGCCGGUGUCUGGGGUCAACACUUCUGCUGAAAAGGUGGACAUCUACAGUUUCGGAAAGGUGGUUCUGGAGUGCGUUUCGGGAAAGUUGAUUAUAGAAAAUUCUAAGGCAAUGGAGUUGUGCCCGAAAACCCUGUGGGGGCUGAUAUGCCAGUGUCUGAGCGAUUCUUCGGAGGGACGACCGAGUUGCGAGCAAAUAGAGGUGCAGUUGGAAGAUAUGAUGAGCGUAAAAGAUAGCGAAUGGCUUGAAAGAAGACCCAAGCAAGAUAUUUGGUAG